CUAAUGAAUUUAACAGCCUACUUCGGUAUUUUAAGUCAUUAACUCCUAAAUUAGCCCCAAAUGCUGACUGUUUUACAGCCUGUUUUAAAAUUCAAAUAUUGUUUACUCAGUUUGGUACUUUUUUGUAGUUAUUGCUUUCGUGGUGGUGACGAUGAUAUGUUUAUUAAGGCUCUAAUGGGUUAUUUUGGCUAUCAUAAGUGGUCAUUAUGAUUUUCUGUAAAUUUUUUCUCGUUUUAACUGUUUUCCGUUGCUGCAAGGGGGAAAAAAAAAUUCAUUAUCAUUUUAAGUUUUAUUUGCCGCAGCAGUUUAAAACAUUUAAGAAUAGAAAAUAAAUAGAAAAUAAGAGUGAUGUGAAAAUAUCAGACUCUCGUGUAGCCUGGCUAAAACAGAAUUAUGGGAAAUAAACUGAUUACAUGUUGUGUUUUUUUAGCAGCACACACAAAACAGAUGACAGAGGGAGUCAUUUUUAGGUCUCGCGCUCCGACGUCACCAGAACCUCGAGCCCCUGCAUGCAAAUCACGUCUCCGCUCGAGCCUCUCCAUUGGCCGUCUCGCGCUCAUUUAGCUGCUGUCAAAGCGCGCGGCCCAGGCACGCUCCGGUAACUUUUCCCAGUCCGGCUUCAACCAAAGUAAGCUCAAACAAGCGCUUUCUGUUCUUCACGGCGCUCGCGGAUGACAGGGGGGGAAUUAAAGGCAGAAAGGGGAAGUGCGGAGCAAAUUUACCUCUGAGUGGAUUUCAUCCUGAGACUACAGCACCUUUUUCAUCUCUCACUCCGCUUCUUUCACUCUUUAUCUCUCCCUUCCUCGGAGGUUUAGCUGCGCGCGGGCCAGCCUGAAUGUUUCUGUGUGUUUGACUGAGAAGUGUUGUCCUACCAAGACGAGGUGAAUGUACAGCAUCAUGAUGGAAACGGACUUACAUUCCCCCGUGGUGCCCCAGACCAACCCAUCCAACCCGGGGGGACACGCGGGAGGAGGAGGCGGCGGCGGCGGCGGUGGGGGGGCCGGCGGCAAAAUCCCCCAGGACAGGAUCAAGAGACCCAUGAACGCCUUCAUGGUCUGGUCCCGGGGCCAGCGGAGGAAAAUGGCACAGGAGAACCCCAAGAUGCACAACUCGGAGAUCAGCAAGCGGCUGGGCGCUGAGUGGAAGGUGAUGACCGAGGCGGAGAAGAGGCCGUUCAUCGAUGAGGCGAAGCGGCUCCGGGCCAUGCACAUGAAGGAACACCCGGACUACAAGUACCGGCCGCGGAGGAAGACCAAGACGCUGCUGAAGAAGGACAAAUAUUCGCUAGCCGGCGGGCUCCUCGGCUCCUCUGCGGGUGUAGGGAUGGGCGGCGGGCAGCGAUUGGAAAGUCCCGGAGGAGGCCACGCAGGGGCAAAUGCGGGCUACGCCACGCACGUGAACGGCUGGGCAAACGGCACGUAUUCGGGCCAAGUGGCGGCUGCAGCGGCGGCGGCUCACGCAAUGAUGCAAGAGGCGCAGUUGGCUUACACGCAACACCCGGGCACGGGAGCUCACCCGCACCACCCACACCAUCACCCACAUCACCACCCUCACAACCCGCAGCCGGUGCACAGGUACGACAUGAGUGCCUUAUCUUACAGCCCCAUCUCAAACUCUCAGAGCUACAUGAGCGCCUCUCCGCCGGGCUACGGCGGGAUCACCGGCUACACUCACCAGCACCAAAGCUCCGGUGUGUCCCCGGUGUCAGGGGCGAUCGGAGGGACUCUGGGGUCCCUCGUGAAAUCUGAGCCUAGCGUGAGCCCCCCGGUUUCCACCGCGCGCGCCCCGCCGCCGUGCCCCACGGGGGACCUGCGGGACAUGAUCAGCAUGUAUCUGCCGAGCGGCGAGGCGGCGGGAGACUCCAGCGUUCACAGCAGACUGCAUGUGCUCCACCCGCAGCACUACCAGAGCAGCGGCUCCACUCCGGUAAACGGGACGGUUCCUCUGACUCAUAUUUAAAUCUCUAAAUGUACUAUAAGCACUACAAACCACAACCAAAUAUUUAAAAACUUAGAUGUGGGCGCAGGCUGCUGAAUUGUAAAUUAUAGGCGGUUAUAGCCAUAAAAAAAAAAUGCAAUCACUUUGAACAAACUUUUUUAUUAUUAUUAUUAUUAUUGUUGAUUUUAUUUUCUUUUCAGUGAUGGAUUUCUGUCUGUCCGAGCUAAAAGGAAAGCGCAUCCGAUUUACUUUUGCUCUCUGGAACAGAGCAUGCCAAGUUUUGACACGAUUUAUAUUAUAAUCCGUGAAGGCUGGUGCAUUUUUGAAGGUUAUUUUUUUUUUCUUAUUAUUUAUUUAUAUAUUUUUUUCUCCUCCCCGACUUUUCUGUGGAAUUAAAGGCACCAGCUGUGUGUUUGAGGCAUCCUGAAAAGCUGUUUAAAAAGGUGGUGGUGGUGGUGGGGGGGGGGCGUAUAAUAUACGGAGGGCGGUGUGGAAGAUGUGUUUUAAGGGGGGAAAAAAAAAGAAAAAAAAAGUUUCUUAGGCUGCAAUUUAAAUUGAUUUCCAGUUUUAAUGCUUGUAAACAUGUGAGUCAGUCGGUGUAAUUUGAAUUUGUUUUUUUUGUUUUUUUUGUUGUUGUAAAAUUGUAAAUUGUGAAUAAAUAGGCCUACUGAAAACGCUUUUAUGCAAUUGUAUACAGUAAUUUACGAAACACCAAGCCUCGUGUUUUCGGGUUGAGGACGAGGACGAUUUUGCGCUGAGUUGAAAUAAAUUUUCCAAGAAAUCCUUCUCUCUUGGAGAAA